AUGACGCCCGCCGAAUGCCUCCUCAACCUCGUCCUGUCCGGCACGCAGUCACACUACGAGUUCCGCGGCGUCAUCGACGACAAGCGCCUCGAGCACCUGCUACUCGCCGGAAAACAGAUCCUCUACAAAUCGCACCAAGAAUCUGAUACGCGACAGGCUCUGGGCUUCUCCCCCAAAGUCUGGACCGGUCUUAGCAAUGUGCUAGCGCAUGCGAUUCCGGUCCUAGAGAGCCUCAGCUUUGCCUGGAAGACUGGGAAUGCUGGCACACAUGCGGCCAAUGGCGGAAACUACAAUGGCUCGAGUUCGGAUCUCAUCGCAGCGAACUACCUUGGGCUGGUCAAGGAUAUCGAAAGACUGAAUGAUCUUUGUACCAUUGCGCGAAAUCUACUGGCUACGACGAAGAGAGCGCAGAACCUGGCGGCGGAAAUGGGAUUCGAUCAGCAGAUUCUUCGACUCAUUGACGUCUGCGUGCGAGUCACGGCCAGAGGAUUUGAUGGCGAGGGCGGAAAUGUUCGCAGCGAAGAGCGAUGGGGGAAGGUGGUGAACCUGUACAAGAGGCUGUUGAUCACAUGUCUCCAGUUUCUGCACAACUUCAUCAUGCACAACGAACAACGCAAGCUGGUGCUGUGGUUGGAUCUUUUCGGGAACGCAGCCAGCCAACCGCCACAACAGCAGCAACAGCAACAGCAACAGCCACAAACCCUGAACCAGGACCUAACGGAGACAAAGGAGACGGAGGCUCCAAAGGAUCAAGCCCCACUCAGAGCCGAGGAGGCGGCGGUCCAAGAACGCAUCAAAUCGGCGAUGGAGAAGCUACCUCAAGGAGCAGAAGGGGGCUUGGGGUACAACAUCGAGGACGUACAUGCGCUAUUUGAGAUGAUGAGCGCCACCAAGCAGCCAGAUGCUAAUACCCAAGAGACGGCCAAGGUGCUUAUGGAGAAGAUCCGAUCCGAUAUGGAGAGGCUCUCUGGGCUGAACUCGAAUCAGCUGGAUGGUAAUCCGGAGGCACUGCUCAAAGUUGGGGCUGCUCUUCGCGCCCAGAUGCCCAAUAAGGACCUGUCGCCACCGAUAGAACAAGCUGCUCGAAACGCCAGCGUCGAAACUCAGCGCACGAAUGGUCGUCAAUGGAACAGUAUGCCCGACUUCUCAUCAUACGCGGAUAUUACAGGUGCCAGCCAGGAGAUCACCACUGCUGACCUGCAAAUGCCUCGAACAUCUCAAUCCGCUGCUGAGACCUUGCAAGAAGCCAAAGACGAGCUUAUGGCACGCCUACAAGAGCCACAGUCCCAUGCCUCGGAUGACGCGCCCUAUGAUGAUGAAGACGGUACUGCCGCAUCGCAUGUGCUCGAGGAUUCGCUGCUUGAUAGUGCCGAGGAGGAUCUUUCAGAAUCAGAGCACGAUUCCGUUUCCAACGCGUCGGUGUCUGAAACAUCGUCUUACCGACAUCCCAACGACCAAGAGCGCGGUCUGCUCACCGAUGUACCGCUUGUGUUAGGUCCCACGGAAAUCGAAGCCUUGCCGAUGAUCAUCCAAGCUGGGAUUGUAGACAACUUUGGCAACAGCAGCAACAAACCUCUCCCACCUCAAACGGCUGCAGAGCGCCAGAACAUCCGCAACAUGCAAUCUGUACGGUGUCAUAUUCUACUCGCACAAGAAGCAGGUCGAAAUGUCCUACGCGAGCUGCUCAUCUUCAUCGCCGCUUGGGAUUUGCCUGACGACGAGUUUUACUUCAAGAUGAUGGUGCAGAUUAUGGAGGCUAUACUCAAGAAUGGCCUCAUGUCCCACGCAUACGCCGACUUUGGGCAAGCCAAAGACAUCAUCUCUCCCGCUCAGGCUGUUGUGGUCAAGAUUUUGACACAUAUUUAUCGCACACGUUACUCGCCCGCAUCCGCCCAAAAUCAAAAGGACGCCGACCGCUCCGCACCGCGCGAAGCUAUUGAUGCUAGCCGGUCGAGGGUUCCAGCACCCCUUACACGGGUCGAUGUGCUCACCGUCCGGUACAUCUUCACCGUUUUCCGGGGCAACAUUGUGCCGGAGACAUGCGCGCUGAUAUAUCUGCAGGGCCAGAUUCGACAUGGACUGGCGCUGGCGGAGGACUUUCCACUGAACCUCUGGGACAUGGAACGUGUAUACGAAGGCGUGUACCAGUUCCUCGAGUUCUUUGCGGUCUUGACUGAGAACAAUGACUGGAAGCGGCUUUUGGUCGAGUGGGAGAUUGUGUACGACUUGUGCACCCUAAUCAAGGAACUCGAAGCCGCGAUCCCGAAGGUCAAUCCGCUCACCGCUGCUGGCAAGGCUGCCGUCGCACGGGAUGGCGACCGCGAUGUCGGCGUGGUAUACCAAGGUGAGGCUGCCGAAAUGGCGCCACCACCAUCUAACCAACUAGGAGAUGCCGACACAUCCCUAGCUCCAACACAGACAAGCAGUGCUGCACCCGUCGCAGUCGAGCGCCCUUACUCUCUAUCCCCUCCUCCAUCUCCUCCAAUCCCUUUGCCGCUCGAUCCUGCCAUCAACUCACCACCACCGUCAUUGCCACCGAACGCCGCGGCACCACAUCCUCCAUCAACGAACCCACCGCUGGAGGACCCGUCGACCUUUGAAUGGCGUAACCUCAAGAAAUUAAUCAUCCUCGUGCUAAGCUCGCUUGUCUGGAAGUCGCGGCUGGUGCAAGACCAGAUUCGUGCCCACCGUGGCGUUGACACUGUGCUGGCGUGCACCGUGCACGAUGCCAAUAACCCAUACAUACGCGAGCACGCCGUCAUGUGUCUGAAGUUCCUGUUGGAGGGCAACGAAGAGAACCAGGCCUUGGUCGCACAGCUCGAGAGCCAGGGCGUGGCGGACGCGUACGACGAAGGUGAGGGCGGCUUUCAGGGCGGCAGCUUUGGUGGCGGUUUCGGCGCCACAGGCGCGGCUGGCAUGGGCAAAGGGAAGAGGCGCGCCGCGAGUGAGAGUGCGGCGGAAGCUGCUGCCGUCGGGCUGGGGCCCGUCGAGGCACGGAGGCUACGGGAGAGAUUUGGCGAGCUGAGCUUCGGGGAGAGUGAGCGUGCGAGUGGCAGCACCGUUGGCGGACAUGCGCAUGAAUUGCAGGGUGACGACAGUGACGAUGCAAGGAUCGAGGAGCUGGACUAG